AUGUUGAUUAUCAUCUGCAAGUUUUUCUUUUUCAACAUUAACAUUAGUCUUCAUCUUUGUUAUUUUCAUAAAAAUCUAUAUUCUUUACUCUCCUCUCCUUUUUCUCCCCUCUUUUUUCUCAUCUCUUUUUUCUCUCUUUUCUUUUCUUUACUAUCCUGUCCCAUUCUUUUCUCUUUGCUUUUUUUGUCUCUUCUUUGCUUUUUUUGUCUCUUCUUUGCUUUUUUUGUCUCUUCUUUGCUUUUUUUCUCUUUUUUUUUUUUUCUCUUUACUUUUUUUUCUUUUUCCUUUUUCUCUUUUUUGCUUUUUUUCUCUUUUCUUUGCUUUUUUUCUCUUUUCUUUGCUUUUUUUCUCUUUUCUUUGCUUUUUUUCUCUUUUCUUUGCUUUUUUCUCUUCUUUGGUCUCUCUGCUCUCUCUCUCUUUCUUUUUUUUUUCUUUUCUCUCCUUUCUCUCUUCUUUUUUCUCUUUUUCUCUCUUCUUUCUUUUUCUCCUCUUCUCUCUUUUUUUUCUCUCUCCUUUCUCUCUUUUUCUUUCUCUCUCCUCUUCUCUCCUCUUUCUUUCUCUCUCCUCUUCUCUCCUCUUUCUUUUCUCUCUCUUUCUUCUCUCUCUCUUUCUUUCUCUCUCCUCUUCUCCUCUUUCUUUCUCUCUCUUCUUCCUCUUUCUCUCUCUUCCUUUCUCUCCUCUUUCUUUCUCUCUCUCUUUCUUUCUUUCUUUCUCUCUCCUCUCUCUCCUCUUUCUUUCACUCUCCUCUUCUCUCCUCUUUCUUUCUCUCUCUUCUCUCCUCUUUCUUUCUGUCUUUCUCUCCUCUUUCUUUCUGUCUUUCUCUCCUCUUUCUUUCUGUCUUUCUCUCCUCUUUCUUUCUGUCUUUCUCUCCUCUUUCUUUCUGUCUUUCUCUCCUCUUUCUUUCUGUCUUUCUCUCCUCUUUCUUUCUCCUCUUCUCUCCCUCUUUCUUUCUCUCUCUCCUCUUUCUCUCUUUCUUUCUCUCUCCUCUCCUCUUCUCUCUCUUUCUCUCUCCUCUUCUCUCUUCUUUCUUUCUCUCUCCUCUUCUCUCUUCUUUCUUUCUCUCUCCUCUUCUCUCUUCUUUCUUUCUCUCUCCUCUUCUCUCCUCUUUCUUUCUCUCUCCUCUUCUCUCCUCUUUCUUUCUCUCUCCUCUUCUCUCUCCUCUUUCUUUCUCUCCUCCUUCUCUCCUCUUUCUUUCCCUCUCCUCUUCUCUCCUCUUCUCUCCCUCUCCUCUUCUCUCCCUCUCCUCCUCUCUCCUCUUCUCUCCUCUUUCUUUCUCUCUCCUCUUCUCUCUCAACUAUACAUAGUCACAUUGACUGA